AUGGUUGCGUUCUUGCUUACAGGUGACUUCUGUGAGGUAAACCAGUGUAAGAAUGGGGGUACCUGCCUGACCAACGUCAGUGAUGGUCCGUUCUUUUGUCUCUGCCCGGAUGGUUUCACUGGGAUUGACUGUAACGACACAGAGAAAGGCCCCUGCCAUCCUAAUCCCUGCCACAACAAUGGAGAGUGCCAGAUCCCACCCAACAGGGGAGAUGUCUUCACUGAAUACAUCUGCAAGUGUCCCUCUGGGUUUGAAGGCACCCACUGCCAAGAGAACAAGAACGAGUGUUCCUCACAGCCGUGCAGAAAUGGAGGCACCUGCCUUGAUCUGGAUGGCGACUAUACCUGCAAAUGUUCCUCUCCCUUUCUGGGGAGGACCUGCCAGAUCCGCUGUGCCAAUCUGCUAGGCAUGGAGGGAGGUGCCAUUGCAGAUGCUCAGCUCUCUGCCUCAUCUGUGUACUACGGGUUCCUUGGCCUGCAGCGCUGGGGUCCUGAGCUUGCCCGGCUCAACAACCAGGGGAUCGUGAAUGCCUGGACCUCCAGUAACUAUGACAAGAAUCCCUGGAUUCAGGCCAACCUGCUGAGGAAGAUGAGGCUGACUGGCAUCAUCACCCAGGGUGCUAGCCGUGCGGGCAAGGCAGAGUAUGCACGCAUCUUCCGAGUGGCCUACAGCUUGGAUGGGCGUGAGUUUAUGUUCUACAAGGAUGAGAAACAUGACAGAGAAAAGGUGUUUCUUGGGAAUGUGGAUAACUACAGCAUGAAGACCAAUAUGUUCAACACUCCCAUCACGGCGCAGUAUAUUCGCAUCUACCCCAUGCAGUGCCGCCGGGCUUGCACGCUGCGCUUUGAGCUCGUUGGCUGUGAGAUGAAUGUGUAUUUCAACAUGGCAGGUUGCUCGGAGCCGCUGGGCAUGAAAUCCCGCCUGAUCUCUGACCAGCAGAUCACGGCCUCCAGUGCUUUCAAGACAUGGGGCCUCGAUGCGUUCACCUGGUACCCCCACUAUGCCCGUCUGGACAAGACAGGCAAGACCAACGCCUGGACUGCUGUCAGCAAUAACCAGUCUGAGUGGCUGCAGAUUGACCUCCAGACACAGAAGAAGGUCACUGGCAUUGUCACCCAAGGGGCACGGGAUUUUGGGCACAUUCAGUACGUGGCAGCCUACAAGGUGGCCUACAGCGACGAUGGACGGUCCUGGACUCUUUACAAGGACAGCCAGGCAAAUACCACCAAGAUCUUCCAUGGGAACAGCGACAACAGCCUGCACAAGAAAAACGUGUUCGACACGCCCUUCUACACCCGCUUUGUGCGCAUCCUGCCUGUGGCCUGGCACAACCGCAUCACGCUGCGCGUGGAGCUCCUGGGCUGUGAUGAUUAGUCUCCCAUCUCUGGAGGGGAGGGUGGCGUGGAGGGGAAGGACUGGGCUGAUCCCCCAGCCCUUGCCCUGCACACCUGCUGUAUCACACCCUCUCCACGUCUCGCUCAUGCCGCCCUGCGCCUAUGUCUUUGCUUCCCGUCCCUUGUGGUGGGGAGGGCAGCGGCGGUGGGCAUGUGGUGUCGUCCUGCUCUAGCUGAAGCCAUUAGAAAUCUCAAGGGAAGGCGCGGGGCCCCCCUCGCUUCGCUUUAGAGAAUGCGAUGGCCCUGCCUUGCCGGGGCUGCUGUACUUGCACUAGCACUCAGAGGCCCCCCGGUCCACCUUGGGCCUGCAGCACUGCACUUUGGGGCCACUCCCCUGGGGCGGCCCUUGUCCUCGGCCCUAAGAAGUUGCUUCACUUGUUCUCCAUCCAGGGCCCUGCAGCCUGGGACCCUGAAAACUCCUAGCUCUGCUUCCACUGAAGGCUCCUCAGCCACCUUCUAUGUAGUCAGCCUAGGAGCUCGGGUGAGCUUUGGGGAGAGGUGACCGGAGCAGAUACGGUCACCGCUUGCCUCCAUCUCUGAAGCAUGGGCAAGCAGCUGUCUUCCCCCCCUGGUGCUAUAUCCAUGCUUGAGUGUGUCAGGAGGAUGUAGAGAGGGCUCCCUGUUCCCUGGCUCCUAUAGCAAUCCAGAAGGGCUCCUGGGAAGACUCAGUGCUGGUGCAGAUCGUUCUACUGCAUGCAGGCUGCCUCACGCAGCAGCACUAACAGGCUUGUUUUGUCAUGUCCACAUAGUGCCAGGAGAGUGAUGAGAAGGGGUGGGGGCAUGGCUUCUGUCAGAAGACAGGGCCUUGGUGUGGGGGGGCAGCUGUAAGCCAAGGACCUGUUUUCAGACCCAGUGUCCGGCUUUGUCUGGCAGAACCUGCCCCUGUCCUUAAGGUGCGUCAGCCAGGGAAGAUUGGUGCUGGCCGGUGGGGCAGCUGGCUAUGCAGCGUCUGCCUGUGCAAAGCUAGGGAAGAAGCUUGCGGGGUGGGGAGGAUAGCCAACAAUGCCCAGGACCUGCUCGUAAUUCCUCAGGUCAGACUCUUCCAUAGGGGUCAGACGUGGGGGGAAUGCUGUCUGCCUGCCUGUUUGUGCUUCCCAUGUAUGUAAGGUUUAGUAUGAGGCCUGUGAAGAACCAGGCCAGCCAGGCUGCCAGACACUGUAUGGUAAAAUCCUCCCCAGCCACUCAAAGCAGCCCCGGAUCUAUUUACUUUGGUUGGUUUAUAAGGUGCAAAUCUACCCUGCCUUCUGCUGCCUGCAGCCCUUGUUCUGGAGCUGGCCUGGUGAAGCUGGUAGCCCCCAGACUGCACCAGGCCAAAGGGCCAAGCCAGCAAAUGCACUUGGUUUCUGGUGCUUUGCUACACCAAGUCCCAAGACAGCUUCCAGAACAGGAGCUGAGGUUCCCCACCAGCUUUCCUGAAGUCUCUUCAGCAGCACUUGGCAAGGAGGGGCUGACACAUAGAGCUGACUGGGGUGUGCUAAGGGGCUCUGAGACCUUGUGCAUUCAGUAAAGCCCGUGGUGUUGUCCUCAGCACAGGGGAAACGUGGUGCCGUGUGUGAGAUGACACUGGGGCAAGGGGUAUGUAUUGUGCUUCUGGACUAAACUGUCCUUCCAUAAGAGCCUCCUUGCACUUGGGGCAUUGGAUCUGCUCAGGGCAGAGAGCAGCCUUCACUUGCUACGAGGCAGUGUUCAGCCAGGGCUGUUUGGUUUGCAUACGAGCUCUGCCUGCUUUCCCAGGUGCCAGUCCCAUGGUGAUGGCCCUGGGGCCUCAGGAACAGUAGUGUCUUUAUUCCUCUCCUUCUCCCUUGGCAGAAACGGUCCUUUAUGAGGUUGGUGCCUAUCACAGCCUCUUAACCUCACAGCCUCUGGAACCGUCCAAACUCCUAGCCCGUAGUGAUGCCCCUCUCCUAUGUGUCCCAGCGUUUGGAGAGUUUUCUCCAGGCUCUGCUCUGGGGCCAAGGUGCUGGUGUGAGUCUCAGCUGUCACUGAAAGGGGGACAGUGAGGUAGUUUCUAGACCCCGUGCUAGCAGAGUGAAGCUUGAAAAUGCAACACCUGCAUGCUCCAAAUGCAGAAGCCAAACAAACAGAACCCCAACCAUCAUUUUUUAAAUCUCAUGAUUCUGGAGGCCUGUCUCAUGAAAGCUUAUGGAGGGCAAUGCUGGUCCAUUGAUUCCUAUGGGUAAGGGGGUGAGAAAGGAGGCACCACAUGAUGUGGCUAGCUGGCUGUCGUGGGGACCGGCAGAGCAGUUAGUAGCAUGGGGACACAACCAGCUGGCCAAGGGCAAAGCUUGCAGAGGUAUUUUUUUCCAUGACCUGGUCUGGCACAAUGUGUGAUGCGGAGCAGGGCCUUGCGUGUGCUUGGGAGGGAGAUGGACUUGGUGGGGGGAGGCGGGGGUCACUAGUGUGGAAGCAGUGGAGUCUUGCCCAGGAAGGCAGUGCCCCCUGGAGGCACAUCUCUGACAGUAUUAAAACCAGCCGAAACUCA